AUGAUUCCUAUUCCCCAUGUUUGGGCUUUUGGGGAAGACACAUCGUUGACGAAGAGCGGUGAUGAGCCGUUGGCAUUCAUAAUUUCUGAUCAUGUUGCCGCCAAACUCCUUAGUUUGCAGGCGUUACAAAAUGCCACGGAACAACAGCGACGACAUUUUUUCAACGAGCUCAUCGAUAUCUUGGUCCAGCUACGCCUCUUGGAAUUCCCCGCCGGCGGCUCUUUAAUGCCCAGCCCUGGCCAGCAUUCUGAGCCUAUCGUCAAUGGAUUGCUUACUAUGGCUGCGAAUGAGCUGCAACGAUACCAAAGUGAGCCAAGGAACCCAGGACCCUUUCACUUUACAAAGGAUUUCAUGGAGUAUCUGUAUUAUAUUCUACUAGAGACUUCUCGGCUCCCGCUGGAAGAUUUGGAGCGGGCGCAGGCACAAGAGGAACUAUUUGCACUCCUCGACUUGGCAAAGCGAAUUCCUACAAUUUGUAAUUCGCAGUCAUCAAAUGGCCCCUUUAUUCUCUCCCACCUUGAUGUCAGAUGUGGUAACAUCAUCAUUGAUGCAGACUUCGGUAUUGCUGGCAUAAUCGAUUGGGAGUUUUCUGGAACGAUACCCUUGGACUAUUUCACACCUCCUUUGUGGAUUACAGGUCACGCACAGAAUGCAUAUAUAAACCUAUACACGGAUACCGUCUCUAAUGAAUUCUACACGGCUCUCAGCGUAAAGGCUACUACCUCGAGAGAUUGCGCACGGCUCAUGCAAGAAUGGGGCUCGCCAAGACAACUCAGGUUCCCAAUAGUCCAAAUAUUACGCCAGCCUGAAACCCUCAUCCGUGUGUUUUAUAGCUUUAUUGUCCGCAAAUUCUUUACUGGUGAUUGUGAACAGCUGAUCUCGGAGUUUCUUGCACGAAACGGUGAGAAUAGAACGCUAGAGGAGGAGAUCAGGCAUCGUGUCGAGAAUUCCAAGAACUACAGUCAGUAUCUACGCGAGCAUGGACUGCAAAUUAUUGACGAAGAGGCACAAAAAAGACAAAAAGAAUUCCCUGCGAAUUUCAAGGUCGAGAUGGCAAAGCUAAAUAAGAACUAUAGAUCUACCAACCAGACCAGGGGUUGUACUCACUGA